UCGAGCCGACUUCAUUCCGAUUUCAGCGCUCAGUUGAAUCGGACGUGAACAGUGUUUUGCUCUAUCCCGUUGGUGACUAAUCAUUAUUUAAGUGCAUUGCAUAAGGGAGAAAAAAAGGAAGAACAAGAAGAAUAACAGCAAGAGCAAAAGGUCACGAGCCCUGCACUUGCCGCAAAAGCCGUCGAAAAGAAUCGAAAAAUAACGCCAUUUUCGCCAACGCCGCCGCCCUCCGUUCUGCAUCGACGACGACGACGAGUUCGCUCUUCUGCGACGUAAUCGCGCGCACAUUCUACGUCAACCGUCAACAACUACGACUGCGAAUCUACUACGACGCAAGGCACGCACACGAAUCGUCGAAUUAGCCCCGCAAAAAUGAGCGAACAGAAGGGCACUAGAGUCUACGUGGGCAACCUCACCGAUAAAGUGAAGAAGGAGGAUCUCGAGGGAGAAUUCACCAAGUACGGUAAAUUGAACUCUGUUUGGGUAGCUUUCAAUCCCCCAGGUUUCGCGUUCAUUGAGUUCGAAAACAAAGAGGAAGCCGAAUCGGCCUGCGACAACCUCAACGGCCAGGACAUCCUCGGCUCGAAGCUACGCGUCGAGAUCUCCAAGGGCCGCCGAAGCACUCGGGGCGGAGGUGCCCGCGGAGGGUUCCGUUCCGGCGGUGGCGGCGGCGGCGGCGGUGGGUUCCGCGAUGGUGGAGGUCGCUCCUCCGGGGACUUCCGGUCUAGCUCACGGGGUGGUUUCCGCGAUGGUGGUGGCUUCCGGUCCAGCUCCCGGGGUGGAUUCCGGGACGCUGGCUCCUACCGCAACGGUAGCAGCGGCGGACGGCCCUCCGGUUCCGGCGGUUACAGCCGAGACUCGGGUCGCGAUAGCUACGGAAGCGGCGGCUACGGAGGGCGCAGCAGCGGUGGCGGCGGCGGCGGACGGUUCCGUUCAAGGUCUCCGGUUGGCGCACGUGGUCGCUACUAAGGAAGCAAAACCGGAUAUCUAUAAACUAGCAUUUAAGCUGAUUGAAUUUGUUUUCAUUCGUUCUGCGUGACGCGAUGGUUCUCUUUAUUUCACAAACCCACGAACCAUUUCGCCACGCCCGCAAAGAAUGAGUGCAUCUGUUCAAGCACUGUAUCUUAUUUAUUUAACACUGGCAACGAUUCAAUGUAGAUUUUUUUUUGUUUGCUUUCGGCACCGAGUAAACUCUCUCGCAAAAUUUUAGUUUAACAACAUCCCCAAAAGAAAAA